AAGACAACAACGACCACCCAAAGACACAGAGAAAAGAAAUUCACCGACUGUAAAGAAAAACAACACACAACAAUCAAUCAAAGAAAGCAGACACAUCUUCGAGAUCAAACAAAACCAAUCUCAUUCAUCGUCGCCUUCUCAACAUGGCCGGAAGGGCAGCAAUGCUCGUUAACCUCGGGACGGUUGUAGUGACCGUUUUGACCCUGGCUAGUUUUGUCGAAGGCUUCGGUGUGAAUUGGGGUAAUAUCGCAUCACAUCCGCUGAAUCCUGAUAUUGUUGUUAGGAUGCUUAAGGAGAACAAGAUCAAUAAAGUGAAGCUUUUUGACGCUGAUUCAUGGACGAUGAAUGCUUUGGCCGGUUCGGGCAUGGAGGUUAUGGUCGGAAUCCCUAAUAACCUUCUUGAAACUCUAGCUGAUGAUUACGGUAAUGCUAAAGAUUGGGUCAAAGAAAAUAUCACUGCUUACAUGCGCAAGGAUGGCGUCAACAUCAAGUACGUGGCUGUGGGAAACGAGCCGUUCUUGUCAGCAUACAAUGGAUCGUACUUAAAAACAACGUUUCCAGCUUUAAAGAACAUUCACAGAGCGUUAAAAGAGGCCGGACAUACCGAUGUAAUGAAAGCCACGAUCCCACAAAACGCUGAAGUUUACCAAUCAGCUAACGACAAGCCAUCAGAAGGCGAUUUCCGCAGCGAUGUUAAGCAAAUAAUGCUCGACAUCGUCAAGUUCUUCCAUGAUAAUGAUUUGCCUUUCACCGUCAACAUUUACCCUUUCCUUAGUCUUUAUCUGAACCAACAUUUUCCCGUCGAAUAUGCGUUUUUCGAUGGUAAUGGUCAGACCAUUCCUGAUAACGGAAAGAAUUACGAUAACGUGUUUGAUGCGAAUUACGACACGCUGGUUUACGCGUUGAAUAAAGCUGGGAUUAAAGAUAUGAAGAUUAUCGUUGGAGAGGUUGGAUGGCCAACGGAUGGUCAUAAAUAUGCGACGCCGAAGCUAGCAGAGAAGUUCUAUGCAGGACUUAUGAAAAGACUUGCUAAGGACGUUGGGACUCCACUGAGACCUGAGAAAUUAGAAGUUUAUCUCUUUGGUUUACUCGACGAAGACAUGAAGAGUAUUCUUCCUGGACCAUUCGAAAGACAUUGGGGAAUCUUCAGAUAUGAUGGAACACCGAAGUUUAUGCUAGAUUUCACGGGACAAGGACGCAAGAUCGUACCCGUGGCAGCGAAAGGUGUGCAAUACUUAGAUAAGCAAUGGUGCGUUGUGAACAAAGACACGAUCAAUCUAGAUGAAGUUGGUCCGGACCUAGACUAUGCGUGUUACCAUGGUGACUGCACCGCGAUGCUUUACGGGUCCACAUGUAGUAACCUCGACAAAAUCCAAAACAUAUCAUACGCAUUUAACAUGUUUUUCCAGAUUCAGGGCCAAGACGUUAGGGCUUGUGAUUUCAGAGGAUCUGCUAUGAUUACUAAGAACAAUGCAUCCGUCGGAAGUUGCUUGUUCCCUAUUCAGAUCGUUAGUGGAAGUGAUGAUUUCAGGAUCAGCUUUGUGUUCGGAAGAUUCAUUGUCGCUGGACUUAUUCUUCUUGGAUUAGUCACGGCUAUAUAAUUUGUUUGUUUUUGCACUUUUGGGGUUUUUAUUCUAUUCGGUUAAUUGUUAUAUACUGUUCGUUUGAUACAUUUGAGGUAGUACUCCUAUAUGUUUGUUUAAUAGAUCGAUAUAUAAUCAAAUCACAUCUCGUCAAAA